GCGGAAAUGGACCAUUUUCAGGCAAAACCCAAAACAUUCGGGGGUGGAUUUGAGUGAGUCAGUCUGCUGUAACGGUGCACGGAGACUGCUGGAGUGGUUUCGUAAGCUGUACCGUAUAACUCGACGGCUAUACCCCGGGUUUGGCACGAUGCUGAGCGCCGCCGCCGCGGAGAGGAACAAGGAGCCCAUCCUGACGGUGCUCCUGGAGAACGUGAGCACCGGGAGGCACCUGCGGGCUCUGGAGAUUUCCUCCGGUACCGGGCAGCAUGUCACACACUUCGCUCAGGCCCUGCGGAAUAUAACCUGGCAGCCCUCCGAGUACGAUCGACAAUCUCUGGCCAGUAUAGAAGCGUACAGAGCUCACUACCAGCUGAGCAAUGUGAUGCCUGUCAUCCACCUGGAUGCUUCUCUGCCUCAUCAGUACUGGGGAGGGAUCCAGCCAGAGAGCCUGGACCUGGUCCUCAACAUCAACAUGAUUCAUAUUUCUCCAUUUGCUUGUACAGAGGGUUUGUUUAAAGGGGCUGGAGCCGUGUUGAAGCCGCAAGGUCUUCUAUUGACAUACGGGCCCUAUUCAGUGAACGGUCAGGUCACCCCUCAAAGCAACAUUGACUUUGACUACAGCCUACGGCAGAGGAACCCAGAAUGGGGACUCAGGGAUAUCUCGCUCCUUAAUUCUUUGGCACAAAGAAAUGGUUUAUACCUGGAGAAAAUGGUGGACAUGCCAGCAAACAACAAAUGUCUUUUGUUCAGGAAGGAGAGUUUGGUGUGAAGAGUCCUGAUGUUCCUUGUCUGGAUGCAGUUUUGGAGCAGGACGGUUGAAGCGCCUUAACCUAAACGCAAAACUCAGAUACAGUGCCGAAUUUUCAAGAUCCCUAAAUGGAUAAUGUUCUGUCUGUAUUCUAAUACACAAUGACAAUAAUUUAUUUGAUCUGAACUGUUGUACUCUAAUCUAUAAACCGCUAUAUUCUUCUGUAUUGCACACUUGAGUAAAAUUAAGCCUUACUGA